AUGAAUGCAAAGGGGAAGCCUCGUGGAAAACCUUCCCCAAGAGUUCAGACACAUCGACCAGAUACUCAACAGAGGGAUGGUAAUAAGGGGGCGUUUUCAGCGCGUGGCGACCGCGGCCGAGGGAGUAGGGGAAAAAGAGGACAGGGUUUGGGUGCUUUUCGAGGAGGACAUCAAGGGAGAGGAGCUCGAGGUAGGAAACCAUGUUGCCAUUGUUAAUUUCUGAGUGAAACAUAUUAUCGCCACACUAGACAUUUUCAUCACAGCUUCGAGCGCUGGGUUGGGUUAAUUUGAUGAGUUCUUGGUCUAGACUCUGCCGGGUGGGGCCAUCCCAUUACGAACUCAUUCUUGGGAAAAGAAAUUCCUUUGGGUAAAACAAAAAAAACAUGCUUAUGUCUUUCCAUCCGUUUUAACUUUUUUCAAUGUUGUUUUGUUACAGGGCCUGGUCAUCAAGCCGGCGCAGUGCCACAUCAACGCCCGCAUCCAGUUUCUUUAGGAUUUACGCAGCCAGAUAUCAAAUACGAAUGGAACAAGUUGUAUAUUCUGGGCCUACAUUUCAGGUCAACACGAGAUGCUGUGAACAAUUACAUAGAACGAAUCAGUGGUUAUGAUGUUAAGAACGUGGAGAUGUUCAAACCUAAUGGAAAAGCAAUAGUAACGCUAAACACUGACAGAAUUGCAGGUAAGUGGUAAUAACUGCUUUCCUACAGCCCCGGUUUAUUCUGAUCAUAUUCACUCCUUUCAAGCUUUUGGCAGGUUCAAACACUUCCUUGUGGGUAGGCCAUCAUAGAUUGUGCCAGUAAAUGUGGCAUAUUAUUCUAAUAGGAUCGCCCGAUUUGUUUGCACAUAAUGUUCAAAAUUAUGUUAGUUUUUUAAAAUUAUGCUACUUUUUCUUUAAGAACACUUUUCAAAAAAAGAAACAAUAAUAAUUUCAAAUUAUAUAUACAUAUAUUCUUAAUAAAGCAUGAUAUCCUCGUGAUCUUGAGUUACACACUUGCUCUGAUAAAACACAACUUACUACGGUACUUCAUUCCAGACUAGACACGGAGACUAGAUGUGUCAAAGUGUGCGAUGUUGAUAUCACAUUAGUUAUGUUCUGAUGAUGUCAAAAAAUACUAAAUGUGAUACAACCGUUCUAGCAUAUCGGAUGGCAGUUCUUCUUCCCGUAUCUAAAAGUGAUUCGAUGCCAUCUGGUUGCCUGAGAAAACGGGAACUGCACAAAUUAUGCUCGUUUUCCAAAUAUGCCAAAAAUUAUGUAAGCACAAUCUAUAGUGGCCUACUUGUAAGGGAGAGGGGGAUCGGGUCACGUCGAGGAACGACAUUUUUACUGUAUCAAACUAGAUGAGAAAUAUAGGUUAAUUACCUUGAUUUCCCAUGAGGACCGGCCGAGCAUGCCCUUAUUCAGGUUGGGCUUUUUGAAAAACUAUUCCUUGCAAUGAGUUUCUUUCCUUAGCAGUCUUUGAUUUGAAAAUAACUCGUGGAAACUUACUGGCGAUUUUUUUCAGAUUUUGCAAAGAUUGUUCAAGAAUCGAAGAGAAGGCCGCUUGAAGGUGUAACCGUCUCAAUUGAAAGAGCUCCUGAAUGUAAGAGCAUCUUUGUGAGCGGAUUUUCUGAAAAUACAACAAAAGAACAAGUGGAAGAGUACUUUGAUGCUUUGAGUUCGUUGGAAGAUGUUGUAUUCAGUCCAUGGGAUGAGAAGAGGAAAGAGAAGAGAGCGAUUGUAUACUUCAAAGAAAAGAAAGGUAAGUCUCCUGUAUUUAUUUUUUCUUAAGUAUUUUUCUUAAUAAGUACGUAUUUUACUAGCUGUGGAAAUGUUCAUGUCUCCCCGUUAUUGUUAUUGAACAACUAUCCCUUUGGUCUUUAAGGACACAAAUGAUUUUCUCUGGCCUCAACAUUUCGAACAAAAUGAUAGCUGCGUGGAGUGCUGUAACAUCGUACUUUCUGUCCUCGUUAGGUUUAAUUUGCUUACAGUGUAUUCCCAAUAGAAUCACUGCCGCAGAAAAGUGCUGAAAUUUUUUUGUAGGCCUAGAACAUUUAAUUCUAUAAAAUUUUCUCCUUUUCAGGUGUGAAAAAAUGUACGAAGACAGAUCACUUCAUAGAUGGAAAAGCUUUACAUGUAGAGGCUUUCUUUCCUUUUAUGGGCACACUGCUGCCUGUCAACGAACCGUCAAAAUCAUCACGUCCUACUUCGGGUGAAGUGGGAGGAUCUUGGCAGCCCCAGUUUUACAAGGCUGUUGAUAAAGACAUCGGGGAGUUUUUGAUGAAGUCCAACCAAGAGGCCAAAUUAAGAGGACUUCUUCAUUCGAGUGAACAUGCUUGUGUAAGGUGGACAAACGAAGAGGGAUAUCUGCUGAUAAAAUAUGACACCUCAGGCAAAAGAGUUGACAAGGAGUUUGAGGAGGAAGCAUGGAAAAAGAGAUGUUUCGAUAUAAUCGACCAAUACAUCGACGGUUGCACGACAAAAGAACUUUCAGUAGACACAGAGGUUUGGGAGGCAGUGGUUGAUCAGUUACCAAAACUGGAAAAACUUCUUCCGAAGUUCACAGCGCAAGUGAAACUACUGAAGUUGUCUCACUCCGUAAAGUUGAUUUGCCAGAAGUCAAACAUGCCAGAGUUUGCUGACAUCCUCGAAAGACGUUUGAAGGACAUCAAACAGGAGGAACUCGAGAAAAAGCUAGAUCAGAAGACGCUCACCGACAUAUCCACUGAAAAGCUACAACUUCUUCAAAAUUGUGGGAUCGAGAACAUUUUGAAGGAGGAGUUUGAUCAAGACAUUCAACUUAAGAUUGACUUGAGUAACAAGAACCUUCUAAUUAAAACUCCCAAGGGACACAUGCCAUCCGUCAUGACCUAUCUUCGGCAGCGUUUGGACGAAAUUGAUCAAAACGCAAUAUCGCAGCCCCCGGAAAUUUUAGAAAUCUUGAAGACAAAAGUCGGGAAACGAAAGAUGACGCAGGAACUUCCCGAUGGAUGUGCUUUUAAUGUCGAUGAAAAAAGCAAAAAAGUUAUCCUCCUUGGGAGAACACUUUCUCAAACCUGUGCGGGAAGAGAAAAGGCAGAGACCGUUCUGUUAGAUGACCGUAGUCUCAAGGUAACCCAGGCUGAUAAUGACCUCAUGCUUUCACCAAAGUGGGAUGAGCUUUGUAAGAAGUUAGUAAAACGUCUGACGAUCCGUCAUAAACGCGAAUUGACAUGCAUUGCCGUCUUUGGGUUCAAAAACGACGUUGAACAGGCUGUAAAGAAAAUGAGGGACUUUCGUAAUGAAAAAAAAGCAACCGAAGGUGAAUUCAGGCUCGAUUCUCCUAUCAAUCGAAAGUUCUUCACUGACUACUACAAGGAAGAACUUCAGAAAAUUGAGGAAGAACUCGCCCCUUGUGCGGUGAAGAUUUCUUUAGAUGAAAGCGGUAAUCGAAUUAAGUAUUCUGGAACAGACGACGGCGUAAAGGAUGCUGAAGAACGGUUAUAUAUUCUGCUUGACCAAAUCAAAGAAAAGAGUCUCCCUAUUCAAACACCUGGCAUGAGAAACUUCUUGGCCCAAGAUGCGGGAAAAAGCUUUGUUGACACCGUGGAGCGAGAAAACAAGUGUAUCAUCAGGAUUGCGGAGGAAAUUGAGGAAGAAGUUGAGGACAAAAUGGAAGGAAGUGACGGUGAUGAGCUUUCGAACACCAGCAGUAGAGGCAAGGAGGAGCUUGAUGAUGCUGACACAUUUUUGACUAACGAGGGCAAAAAGGUGAUCUGGAAGGGUGGAAAUAUCGAGGAAGAGCAGGUGGGUAGUCUCAUAGAUAUAAAUAUAUCAAACAAUAAAAUUUUACGUCUUCAAUUGAUUCAAAUGGACAGCUAUCGUUGUAGGUACAUCAGUAAAUUUAAGUUGUCAAGUUUAACCCUUUCUCGUACUACUGAUAACUAAAAACCUCUCAAUGUUUUCAUUUGGAGUGGGCCACUGAGUAAUUAUCUCAAUAGAUCCGAAAGGAACUAUGUCUUUUUUUCAUUUCCAUUUUUACCUUCUCCAAAUAAAGACACAGAUAUGCACUCGAUAAAGCCUGCAACUUAAUGUUUAAACUUACUUUGCUACAGGCAGACGUCUUGGUGUGCUCUGUAGGGUCGAAAUUUAAUCUUACGAUCGGUGCAAUUGCCAAUGCCAUCAGCAAAGCUGCAGGUCCGGAGCUGCAAGGGGAGUUAAGGCAAAAGACGACAGGAAGGACUUUGGGUGAAGGUGAUAUUGUCCACACUAAGGCAGGACACCUGAAUUGCCGUUACGUCAUCCACUGUGUGUGCUGUCCUUGGAAAGGAAAUCCUCAGGACGAGCAGGUACGGGAAUGACUUUGACUUUAAUGCUGCUUUGAGCGUUGGCUAAAACUUGGAAACGCUGUAUUCUUGGUUUUAUCCUGAUGCAGUUUACACUGCCAUACUUCCAGCACAAAUCGUCUCGUCCCAUUCAUUUUCUUUUUAAUUCUUUUGAUCAUAGCUUCUACAGGAUCUACUUCGAAAGUGCUUUGACAAAGCUUCGGAGCUUGGUGCAUGUUCUAUUGGCCUACCACUUGUUGGAACCGGUAAUCUUGGUUUUCCUUAUGCCAAAGCUGUUCAGAUUAUGAUCCAGGCAGCUGUCGACUACAGUCACGCCAAUCCAGAUUCUCCCUUGGAAGAAAUAAGAUUUGUCGUGUUUAGCGGUGAUCAGAAAGGAAUAGCAACGUUCGAAGAAAAAUUUGAAGAGUUUAAGAAGGAAAAAAGACCUGAAGUGAAACCUCGAAAGCCACAGGUUCGCCAAAACAAGCUAAAACCCGUUCCACUUGAUUUUAAAUGCAAAGAGGUUCAAGUCAGCGAGCUAUCGUUGAAGGUGUUGAAAGGUGACAUAACUAAAGAUAGAUCAGAUGCCAUAUGUAACGUAGUACCUCAAGAUCUGAAAAUGAAUAGUGGAACCUUAAGCUGCGCUAUCCUUGCAGCAAGUGGAAGCACUGUAGAAGAUGAGUUACAGUCACAGGCACCUCAGCUCCCAGGAGAUAUCGUGACUACCUCUGGUGGAUGCUUGUCUGCAAUGCACAUCAUUCACAUGGUUGUGGGACCAGGAACAAGGAAACAUCUUCAAACCUGCGUGGAGAAGGCGCUCAAAAAGGUGGAUUCUCUGGGGUUGAAGUCAGUGUCCAUUCCAGCAGUUGGUAGCGGAGGACUAGGACAAACAGCUGAGCAAUCGGCAGAGGUGGUUUUUGGGGCAAUCCGUGCAUGCACCGUGAAACCAUUUAAUUCCAUUCGUGAGGUCAGGGUAGUUGUUUUUGAUGUUUCUAUCAUUGGUGCGUACUUAGCGGAGCUGGAAGCAAUCCAAAAAGAAGUCUCGGAAUCCUCUUCAUGUGCUGAAGAAGAAGAUGAUCUCACGUAUCACGAAACAGGUGCAGAAUCUUCCACUGAGGAAUUAAGAAGAAAACAUCGUCGUCAGAAGAUCAUCUUUCACGGCCGCCAGGAGUCUUUUGAUGCGGUUGAUACUGCCUUGAAAGACGGGGUAAUGAAAGCUUGCGGUGAUCCUCGUGUAAUCAAGCACGAAGUGAUCGAUCGUCUUUCCAAAGGAAGUAUGCGAGAGCUGAAGAAAAUGUCUCGUACGCGAGAUGUAAAAUUGGAUCAACCAGAACCGGGGACUAUAAUGUUGCAAGGGCUCCCGAAAGAUGUAAUGGAAAUCAACUCAGAACUAUCAAAUGUGAUCCAAGAGCACGUGGAAAGGGAGCAUAGACAGGAGCUGGCGGAGCAGAUGUCGAAAACUGUGCAAUGGUACCUGGUCAAUACAGGAGGAAAACUCGUUCCUUUCGACAAAAUGGCUAAUAAUGAAAUAGAAUCAGCCUGUAAAGCAAAGAAACCAUCCCUUCUAUUCACGCAUCAGAACUUGAAGGCUGAAAUCAAUUUCGGAAAUGAAGAGGUAACGUUCUUGAGAACCGGAGCAAUCAAGAGAGUCCUGCGCAGAGAUGGUAAGCAUAGUAAGACAGACGGUAAUUUUUCUUUUCAGCAUUAUUUUAUAUGUUGAGAAUGUAAGUCAUUCAAUUCUUUUCUGGAUGUUUAGAAUUCACAGCAUAAUUGUUUUAGGAUGUCUCCGCCUUUGUGAAGGUAGUCUACUAUCUACGGUUAUCCUUAAGAGCUCAUCUUUCAGAAGCUGCUUACAGACAUCUCGAGUACUGAUCUCCAGAGUUGUGUAACCUUCAAAAUUCUGCUCUAUGUUUUUCAAACGUAUUUAAUCUCGUUGGUAGUCGGACUGAAAAAAUUCGUACAGAGGAGUGAGAAUCUUCCAGUCAUAGUUUACCUGAUUUGUAACCCUCUGUGCGCCUUAAGCUAAGCUACGUUAAGAACUUCUUUUCUUACCUGCUUUACGGCCAAUGUGAUAUCAUUUUUAAAAUCAGUAUGAUUGGCUGGAGUCUUCCGGCACAAUUUCCAGAUCAAAUGUCCUGUUCGAUUUUAUCCAAAUGACCGUGCGUCCCGGGGCAAAUCGAAAACAGAGCGUUUGAAAAGUGAUUUUGUGGUAAACAAAAUGUCAUUUGGAAGAGGGGAAUGUAAUGCAAUUUGUCGGUCGCAAUGAGACUGUUAUAUUUUUGUUUUAAACUAGUGCUACCUCUUCCUGAUGAAUGGGAUCCCCAGCCUCGAGAUGUCAAUGGAAAGGAAGAGACACUGCAUCUGGUCAGCCUCGAGAAGGACUCCAAGGAAUAUAAAAAGGUCCAAGAGAAGUUCCUCCAAACGAUGCGUGGUAAGGUGGUAAUCACAAACAUCGAGCGCAUUCAAAAUCCAUCGAUGCAUAAUUCUUACAUGGUAAGGAAGCAAACUAUGGAUGCAAACAAUGGAACCAUCGACAACGAACAGGAACUUUUCCAUGGGACAAAGGUAGAAAGCAUCAGAGCGAUCAAUGUUCAAGGAUUUGAUAGGAGUCUAUGUGGCGCGAACGGUACGUGUAUGAUGGGGACAAAUUUUCUCCAUUUUUAAAACUUAUGUGUGCAAGACGCCAAGCCAUUACCAUGUUUGCAUGGUAAAGGUGUGGUUGUAUUGAUGCCUAGUAGCUCAGCUAAAUAACGCUUUUUCUGAAUUCAUAGAAUCACUCCCUGUGAUGGUAACGCCAAUGGCAAGUCAAACAGAGGUGAUAAUUUAACCGGGUUCGUUAGUUCUGUGUUCAACAGAGCGAAAUUACUGCAGCGUUCGCAUGAAUAAAAUGUCCUGUCAUAUUUACCAACCGAUGUAAAAACUCAUAGAAAGCCGCAUCUUUUGACCCCAUGAUCCAUUGCUGCCGACAAUUUGCUGUAAAUAACUUUGAUUCACUCUUUUUACACGUCUAACGUUUACAGGUAACGCUUAUGGCGAUGGUGUUUACUUCGCAAAAGAUGCCUCCUAUUCCUAUUCAUACUCAAUACCAGGCCCAAAUGGUGAUUGCUUCAUGUAUUUAGCCAGAGUUUUGGUUGGAAAAUACACCCUGGGCAAGCAUGGGUGGAAAAAACCUCCUCCCAAGGACUUCAACAAGCCAGAGAUACUCUUCGACUCGCUGGUAAACAAAGAGGAAGAUCCAACCAUUUUCGUGGUUUUCAACGAUUUCCAUGUGUACCCUAAAUACUUAAUUAGUUUUAAGAAACAGGAAUCAUCGCGAUGAUAAUUAUUCAGCAUCCACGUUCUUCCAUAAUAGACCGCCCUCUAGUUCAGGGAAUAACCAGCGUGGGAUGUUUGAGAACACGAAAUUCAUGGAUUUUCACUCGCAACUUCUACGUGUUCGUGUAGAGGACUGAUUAUAAGAUAGUGCCCGUGGUACAGUUGGCCGCGCAUGCUAAAAGUAGCACCUGGUACGGUCGGUCGGACGGUCGUACAUCCAAAUUUUUUCGGCUUGAUGGGUUAUUAGUAUUUUGUAUAAUUAUGGGGCUACGCUCUGCGAGCUCCACUAUAAGUAGAUAAAUAGAUAGAUGACCUUUAUUUAUACACAAUAAUAGCUUAAGCUACAAGCUUGUGGGGUCGUGCGAAGAAAAAAGGAAAUUACACGUUAACCCUUUAACUCACAAAAGUGAAUUACAUGUAACUUCCCUCUAAAAUAUUCAUACAUUAUCCAACAAACAGGUAAUGAGAUUACUCAAACUUAUCAGUUGGAGGUUGUUGUCAUGAUAUAACAACAAAUUCUUGUAACUAAUUUACAGAAAAAAUGUGUAACAGCUAUAUGGGAGAAUUAACAAUCAGUUCUUGGGAGUUAAAGGAUUAUGUAAAUAUAACUUGAAUUUAAAAAUAGAAAAUGAUAUGUAUUAUAACUUCUAAGUAAAAACAAAAUCGGGAUGUAUAAGGCGAGUACUAGAAGCAGAGUAGGUCAAAUUUGAGUUCCUUAAAGUAGUCUCUGAUUGGUGGGAUUUUUUUAUAUUAUUGAGACUCGAGCGCUUACUUCUUGUUCAUAGUAGUAAACAGUGUUCCAUAACACAGCGCCCCGACAUCUAAGCGAAUCUUAUAUGUAUCUUGUUUCGAACCUGAACACUGUUAAAAAGGCGCGUCCCUUCAGAGAGUAACUAUUUGAGCGACAGUUAAGGAUGUUUUCAGAAGCGAGUCGGGGAGAGUGGCAUUAUAGCCUUUUUAAAAAAAAAGCUUGAAGAUGUCUAAUUUAUAAUACAAAGAAAGUGUGGCACCACCAACUUUUAAGCAUCUGUCUUACUCUCCAAACUUCUCGCGUGGCUCAUAUCUCGAUAAGUACACAGUUGAUACGGGGAACAAUAAACCUAUUUAGCUUCAGUUUGUAUGUUACGUUUACCCAGGUCAGAUCUUAACGUAAUUCCCGGCUUUUUUUGUAAAUUAUGCGUACAUGUGCAAAUGAAUAAGACGAAAUUUUAAAGAAACAGUUCUUUAGAGGACUACCUGAAUGGAACCCCAUCUAUUUGCUCAUGGUCGCCAACUGCUAUAUUUUUUCAUUUUAUGCCUCUGCCUGGCAAAUCAUUUGUUUAUU